CAGGGCGGUGAACGAUUCCUGCGUAUGAGGACAUAGAUAUAGAUAUACAAAAACGGACUUUGGGCAGAUACGACGAACGUACUUUAUAGAUUAGGAUUGACGCCUGUGUGAGUGUGGCGUCAGGCCCAGAAAUGGACUACUGAGAGAGUAUGGAAAACACGAGGGUGGACUUCUGUUUACUGAUACAGUAGUCGCCAGGACACGCGACCUGGGCCAAGCGUCUGUUAACAGCCUCAUUGCGGUGUGCGGCGCGCUCCCCAGGAAAUCAUUUUACAUAAAUAGUGAUCAUCGUCACCUGAAAUAGCCCUAGGGAUCGCUUGACUAUCGGGAAGUAUGUGAGAUAUCCCUGUACAACACACACAGGUUCUUUGUUCAUUAUCUGUGGAUGAUCAAAGCAAGAACAUGGAAGGCGUUGACGCAUGUCAUCCGAGUCUAGAGUGAUGUCCACGGAGUGACUUGCUUGUCAGAUAACAAGGGCAUUGAGCAACAAGCCUGAUAGGAGCCGUUGCGCCUGGUAACCGUGUACACUUGAAUUUGUCGAAGACGAGCAGUGUGGUACACAUCGCCCUUGAAUAUGUAACGAGCUCUUGUGCCAGUUGUAGGUUGUUUGGUUCUCGCGGUUGGCGACUGGAGAAUUGCUUCUUUUCAGCGCAAACCACAUCUACGUGUUGCCCCAAAUGAAAGUAGACUAUGUCACUAAGGACAUUCACUCGACUUUCUCUGCAGUGAGUCACGAGCGACGCCGAUGUGGAGGGUUAGGGAAAAGCAACUCGAAAAUCUGUGUGCUGGCUAGGAAGGAGCAAUAUGUAUCUGACUGCGGUCUGCGAUCAUAGUAGCAUUUGGAUUCGCUCAAACCACCUUCCUCAUAUGUUUAAUUUAAAACAGUUAUCGAAAAUGCUAGUAAAGCUUUGACUGUGUCCUUCGCAAUUAAUAUUCUGUGUCACAGUGAUUGCAUUCCAGGAUGAAGGACAUUACUGUCCUGUCGAAAGCUAGGGCCGGGCUUCGUUUGAUGCAUAUCGGACACUAUUUCAAACAGUCGUACUUCUUUUUCAGAGCAACACGCGAUCCAUU